GCGGCUCUCUACACAACGCGCAAAGUUUGCAAAUAUGCAGCCUACAUUCCGCAGGAUGGCGGGCCACAACCACGGCAUGAUCCACGCGGAUCCCGCCAUUAUCAAAUGGGCCAACAUGACUACGAACCGUCACAAGUACUUCCGCUGGACACCACGAACAGCCUGGAUCACAUUUGCCUACGUUGUCCUGGUACCGGGCUUGCUGGGCACGGCUGGAUACAUGACUGAGGGAAAGUGGGAGAUGCGCGGCAAGCGAAGGGGCGACCUUAUCUCUGAGUUCUAGAAUUUUGAAUAUGAAGAGAAGGGAAUCCAUCCAGAAGACAUAGGAAUGUCAUGGUAUUACGGGCGAUAUUCCGCUUCCGUGUUACUUGAAUUACAGACUUGCUAUCGAAAUCGCAUCUUUACAUUCACCCAAUGCUGUUUGGUACUUGCACUCGAAAACCUGUCUUCCCACCAACUCGUGUCCGCGAAAGCAAUACUGAUGUCAAAGCCAUGUCU